AUGAUUAAAAAGAGAAAAUUUUCCAGUUAUACUGACAUAAGAAACACCGUUUUCUUUGAAAUUACAACUGGGAUCACAGCCAACAUAGGUCUGCUUCUGUUCCACAUCCUCAUAUUCCUCCUCAAGCACAGACCCAGGCCCUUUGAUCUGACUAUCGCUCAGUUGGCCCUGAUCCACCUGGUGAUGCUUGUAACCAUGGGAUUUAUAGCUAUAGACACUUUUGGGUUUGAAAACUUGGGGAAUGACCUCUUUUGUAAAUCAAUUGUCUAUGUAAACAGGUUGAUGAGGACCCUCUCACUCUGUACCACCUGCCUGUUGAGUGUCCUCCAGGCCAUCAUGCUUAGUCCCACAAACUCAUAUCUGACAAAAUUCAAACAAAAAUCCACACAUCACUAUCCAUAUUGCCUUAUUUUCUUAUGGGCUUUCAAUGUGCUUCUGAAUGGUCGCUUCUUAGUCUCCAUUGGUGCCACCCCCAAUGUGACUUCACAGAGUCUCAUGUUUGUCACUCAAUCCUGUUCUCAGUGGCCCAUUAAUUACUUGUUCAGGCAUAUAUUUUUCUUAUUGGUGAACAUCCAGGACAUCUCCUUUAUAUGCAUGAUGGCUCUCUCAAGUGGAUACAUGGUGAGUCUCUUGUGCAGGCAUAAGAGGCAGUUCCAACAUCUUCACAGCACCAGACUUUCUUUGAGAACAUCACCCGAGGAAAGGGCUACUCAGACCAUUCUGCUACUUAUGGGUUUCUUUAUGAUCAU